AUGAAAGAGAUAAGUUUUGCAUCACCACCCAGAAUAAAAUCUCAUAUAACAAAAGAACACAGAGAUGCCUUGAAGCGCAAGUGUAUAGAGUGCAAAAUUACCUUCAAGACAGAAAGUCUACUUCUUGCCCAUAUGAAGUCACACAGAUUCAAGGUCAAACCAUAUGAGGAAAUGCCUUCCAUAUGUUCAAAAUAUGGCAAACAGUUUGUGACAUUUGACAGAAUAAAAAUGCAUGAACUAAAUUGUCAAGAGAGUCAGUCUGAGCAGUUAGAUGCAGUCACAACAUCACAUAGAUCUUAUGAUAAUAUUUUUUCAGGAGAACAGUCCAAAAAUCUGAUGUCAUCACUUGCUGUUACUCAGUUAAAUGAAUUGAAAGGUAUUGAGAAAAUUCAUAGAAGAAGGACAAAAGAUAAGACUCCUCAGAAGUAUCUGGAUAACAACAAACAAAAUUACUUUUGUCCAGAUUGUGGAGAAAGCUUUUCCGACAUCCCAUCCCUUAGUGCACAUGCUGAGGCAUUAAACCAUGCCUCUGUUGAAGAAUCGUGUUGGAUAUGUGGCUUGUGUAAUGCUGCUUUCUUAAGAGAAGAUGAAUUAACAAGACAUAUGAAAGUACAUGAAAACUUCAUGGUGGACACUCAACUACCUGCACAUUUUCAAGGUGAAGAAAUAGCAAUAUCAGAUAUUGCCCAAAAUAAACGUCCAAAUAGAAUUGUGCAAGUCUCCACAUUCCCCCCAAAAUAUAGGGUACGGCUUGAGAGCAAAGCCCACAGGGAAAGUUUUUCUGGUUCAAGUAAGGUUCCCCUAACAGGCUUCAAAAUCCUAGAUCCUGGUCUUGGUCCAGGAGACCUACAGGCCCAAAGGCUUCGCCUCAUUUCUGAAUGGUCGCCACCAGUGAUUCCUGAGACUCAGAUAGGAUAG